AUGGAAACUCCUAAAGUGCUAUACAGUGACACCGAGUGUUGGGAAUACCGUUGCAAUACUGUAAAAUUCAGCCCCAUCGAUUGUUCCCUCCUUGCCGUCCCCACCGGGCGUGAACCCAUCCGUGGUGGCCAUCUCGCCAUGUACGAUACAAUGCUAGACCAUACCUUUGGCUUCAACACCCCAUUCCAUAACAUGUAUGACUGCACGUGGUCCUUAACCAACCCCAAUCUCAUCAUCAUAGCAACCAAUGCGGGAGGCUCCUAUCUCAUGGACAUUAGUCUAUGCAAAAACCAACGGCUACAAUCCUUCGUGAGAUCCAACCCCACAGUGACCACAUCUGUCGACUGGCAUCCAGAGGGUGGUUCUUUCAUUUCAGCCUCUACUGAUGGCAUCGUCAAUCUCUGGUCCAUUGGUCAACGUAAACCCCAAUACACAUACAACCACCGUAGCCAUGUAUCAAGUGUCACCUGGAAUCCUCGAGAUCCAACCUUGUAUGCCUCCACAUGUUUUGACGGCAUCCUCUACAUCAGAGACAUCCGCAGUGAGAAUGCCGGGAUCACAAUCCAAGCUGAUGACGCAAAUCUCACCUCCUGUGACUGGAAUUGGCAUGGGAAUACAUGCAUUGCCACUGCCUCGGCUAACAGGAGCUGCAUCAAGGUGUGGGAUCUCACCCAGCCCAACAUCCCCAUUAGAGUCUUUGAUGAGGCUCACACGGCUGGGGUCCGCAAGGUGAAAUUCUCGCCCCACUGGCACCACCAGAUUGCGUCGGCCUCUGAUGAUAACAGUGUGGUGCUGUGGGAUUAUGGACAUAAUGCGAAGGGCCCAGAGAUCACAAGGUAUGAACAUCAUACGGCAAGCGUGAUAGGUUUGGAUAUGAGCAAGCAAGCCCGGGAUCUGUUGGCCAGCUGCGGAGAGGGUGGCUUCAUUCAUGUGUGGUGGCAUGCACAGCCUAAGGACGGAGUACUGGAAUUCUGA